AGUCACGAAAGCUUUAAAUCAAAACCUGUUUUGUUGCCAGAAAAAAGGGGAAAACCUAUUCUUAGAACAAAAUAACUUAGCCUAAAAAUUAUUAAUUUGGAAAAUGCAUCACCAAUCAUCGCAACUUGGCUGGCAGGGACCCUCCAAGCAAAAAAAAACAGACAUGAGACUCUUCGAUGGGGCUUUGCAAGUGUCCCGUACCAACCCUGGUCACCGUUGCGGCGUGCAUGCGUGCGUGGUGAGUGGACGUACGCGCGCGUAUUCUAGGAGCUCGCUGGCACGUCAACUACGCAGCCACUCUGCGUGCUUCGGUGUGCGUGGCUGCUAUAUAAAGGGAGAGCGUGGACGGCGAGGUUAGAGGUACAGCAGGCGAACAAGGCGGCGGAGGGAGUCCAAAUUCUUAAGCCCUGAAGCGGAUCAGCUCCGUCUCUCGCUCUCUUUGCGUGUCGCGUCGACGCUUCAUUCAUCAUUCACCAUCCACCCAACCGUCCCCUUCGGUUGCAUUGCCAAGUAAAAAAAAAUCACGCACGUGCUGUAGCCAGAGUAUCUUCGGAACGUGGAAUGAAUCACCGAAUAAUGAUGAUAAUUAUUGUUAAAUCUGCAUAUAUAAUAUAAGCGUGCAAUAUUUAUGUGCAUAUUAAGUAAUUGUAAUGUUAAAGGUUGAAUUUGUAUUUUGCGUUAAACCUAAUGAGACGUGAGACAAAAAAAUCAACACUUUGCAAGGAACACUUCGGCAAAUAAUAAUGUUCGUGUUUGGAAUAAUUCGCCGUCUGUUUCGUGAGUCUUUGGCUUAGCAAUUUGUGUGGGACGAGGGUGGAGGUGUUUCGCCUAAUUGUGUACUCCAUAAAAUAGGUCGGAGUCGUCAUUGCAGUCUGUAUUCUAGCUACAACACACAUUGUGUGUGCGUCCCGGCUACCACGGGUUUCAUCAUCUUAAUAAACAUGUACAAUGCAAACUAUCGGAUAUACAGAUAUUUAAACAAAAGACUACAAUAGCAUUCGAUAUAUGAUAAAAAAAACACGCGUGUUACAAAUAGCCAUUUCAUUAAGUAACACGACAACAAUCUAAUGCAACAAUCAUCUCAGAAAAAAAACACAGACGGAAACACAUCAAUCGCUCUCGGCAGCACAUCAAUUUAUUCACCACGGAAGCGAGCGGCAGUCCGUUUGUCUGGCAGCGAUCCGACAUCAACGAUGAACGUCAGCAAAGUUGUGGCUCCACGAGAUCAGAGCAUGACGCCUCCUCAACACCUCUCUCAGGAGCAGGAGCACUUCGAGGGAUUCCUCGUGCUCCUGUCCCUCAAACAGAUCUUCAUCCCCCUCUACGCCCUGCUCACGCUGGUCGGCGUGUCGGGCAACCUUCUCCUCAUCUUGGUCAUCGCCAGAACCAAGCGGCUUCACAACGCCACCAACUUCUUGCUGGGCAACCUCGCGCUCUCGGACCUGCUGGUGUGCCUCACCUGCGUGCCCAUCUCCGCCGCCUUCGCCUUCGAGCCCCGGGGCUGGGUCUACGGGGCCCUGCUGUGCUACCUGGUGGCCCUGCUGCAGCCGGCCACGGUCCACGUGUCCGUGCUGUCGCUCACGGCCAUCGCGUUGGACCGCUACGUGGUGGUGGCCUACCCCAUCCGGAGGCGCGUGGCCGUGCGGUCGUGCGCGCUCACUGCGGGCUUCAUCUGGAUCGCUUCGGCCGCGCUUGCCUGCCCCGCGGCCCUCAACACGGUCUACAUCGACUUUCGCACCGAAGAACCGCAGAACACCAACGAGUCGGAGCUGGCGAUCGUGGUGUGCGAGGAGCUGUGGACCGGCCUGGAGGACCAGCGUCUCGCCUACUCGUGCGCGAUGAUGAUCGUGUCCUACUUGCUGCCACUGCUGGCCGUGUCGGCCUCCUACUGCGCCAUCUCGCUGACCCUGCGAGGCCGGGUGCCUCCCGGCGGCGCGCACUGCACCGUCAACGCGCGCCGCACCUGGCACCAGAAGCGACGCAAGACGUUCCGCUUGCUCGUCAUGUCCGUGGGCACAUUUGCACUCUGCUGGCUACCUUUGCAGGUGUUCAACCUCAUUCGGGACCUCGACCCGGAGGUGACUCUCGUCAGCAAGCACUACUUCAACGUCAUCCAGCUGUGCUGCCACUGGGUCGCCAUGAGCUCCACGUGCUGGAACCCGUUCAUCUACGCGUCGCUGCACCACAAGUUCGCGCGUGCCGUCCGCAACCGCUGCUGGGGCGGCCUCUGCCUGGCACGCCCCCAGAGUGCCGCGCUGGCGCGGGCCGCCGCGGCCUGCCGCGGCGGCGGCGGCGGCGGCCGCUCGACUUCGCGCAGCCCCGUGGGCACGAGCUCGCUGUCCAGUAAGUCGUCGCGCUUCCACGCGCCGCAGCCAAGCCACGGCGUCGUCUACAGCCUGUCGGUGGGCUCGUCGUGCGCUGCGGCGAGACUGGCCGCGGCCUCGGCCUCGGCGGCCGCCGUGCUCGAAGACAGCCCCGGGAGCGGCGGCGGGCGGGCUGAGGCCCCCCGAGAGUGGCGGCCACGUGGGGCGGACGAGCUGCCCGAAUUCACCCCGCCCGGACCAGGGCCAGCACGCGAACUUCAAUCCCCAUCGCUCUGCGGGGAUAAGUUCCCGUGAGGUCUCGGGCAGGCUGCGUCAGGGAUGUCCGAUGGGUCGUUGUUUUGUUGUUUGCUGUUGUCACCAUCACGACCGUCGAGAUCACUAUUAUUAUUAAUAUUAUCACCAUCAUCUUUUUUGUGAUCAUUGACUUCAAAAUAUUGUCAUCAUAUGAACAUUAUCGUCGUGAUUAUUACAUUCGUCAGUACAGUAUUAUGAUUGUCAUGUUAACACUAUAACCGUUUUCAAUACUUUAUUAUCUUUUUUAUAAUCAGUCAAGAUUAUAUUGCAAUAAGCAUGUUCAAUAACAUGUUAGCAUCAUUCAUAUCUCAUUACAAGUUAAAAAUACA